AUGUCUACUAUUGCCGAAAAAUCAGCACAGCCGCCCUCGUCUGAUAUCUCAAGAGUUUCAGCAGCCAGCCGGGAAGACGAUGACCACGUGCCGCCUGCCGCCCUCCCCGAGGCGUCCGCGAGUACGCCCAAGACCGCCCGUUUCUGGAUCGUCCUCACUGGGCUCGUCGUCGCCCUGUUUGUUGCCGUGCUCGAAGGGUAUGCAGUGUCCACCGCCCUCCCCGUCAUGGUCAACGACCUGCACACGGACCAGUUCAUCUGGGUGGCCUCCACGUACGCCAUCGUCGGCACCUCUCUCCUUCCCCUCGUUGGCGGGCUCACCGAGGCCUUUGGACGCAAGCCCGUCAUCCUGGGCGCGCUGCUGCUCUUCAUGGCAGGCGCGGCGGUCUGUGGCUCCGCCCCGAACAUCAGCGUCCUGAUUGCCGGCCGCGCCCUCCACGGCGCCGGCGCCGGCGGCAUCCUCUCCUGCACCCAGAUCGUCCUCUCCGACCUCGUCACCCUGCAGGAGCGCGGGACGUACAACGGCCUGUUCGGACUCGUGUGGGCGAUCGGCGGGGGUCUUGGGCCGCUCGUCGGGGGCGCGCUUGCCAAGCCUACGCUCUGGCGUUGGAUCUUCUACCUCAACAUCCCCAUCGCGGGGCUCGCGGCACUCGUCCUUCUCGUAUUCUUGGACCUUCCGCGCCCAUCUUCGCGGUCGGCUCUUGACUGUUUGAAGUCGCUGGACGUUAUAGGAAACACGCUGAUCAUCGGAGCCUCGUGCGCCAUUGCUAUCGCCAUCACAUGGGCUGGCGUGCAAUUUCCGUGGAGUUCGGCGCAGGUUCUCGCUCCGCUCAUCAUCGGUGGCGUCUCCCUCGUUUUGUGGUUUGUGUACGAGACUAGGCUCGCGACUCACCCUGCUGUGCCCAUGGUCAUUUUGUCGAACCGAACCAGCCUCAGCGGCUUCGUGCAAAUAUUCGUCGCGGCCUUCAUCAACAUAACCCUCGUAUACUACCUGCCCGUGUACUACCAAGCGUGCAAGGACGCAUCGCCGAUCGCGUCCGGCGUAGACCUGCUCGGGCUCUGCUUCGCCACGGGCGGCUUCGCGAUCCUCACCGGGGUGUCCGUCGCGGCCCUGAAGCGCUACCGGCCGCAGCUGUGGGCGUCCUGGGCCCUGAUCAUGCUCGGCCUCGGGCUGCUCUCCUCGCUCACGGCGGACUCCCCGCGCGGGGCAUCGAUCGGCUACCAGGUCCUCGUCGGGGUCGGGGUAGGGAUGGUGUACUCGGGCGGGUACUUCCCCGUGCUCGCGCCGCUGCCGGCGACGCUGAACGCGCCCGCGCUCGCGUUCUACGUCUUCGUGCGCUCCUUCGCGCAGAUCUGGGGCAUCACCGUCUCGGGGGUGCUCCUGCAGAACACGCUCGCGGCGCGCCUGCCGCCGUCGGUCGCCGCGCUCGCGCCGUCGGGGCUCGCGAACGCGGCGUACACCGUCGUGCCGCUCGUGUCGAAGCUGCCGCAGCCGGAGCGGGACGAGACGCGGGCGGCGUUCGCGGCGGGCCUCGCGGACGUGUGGCGCGUCGCGCUCGGGGCCGCCGCGGUCGGGCUGCUCGCGAGCGUGCUGAUGGAGGGGCUGCCGCUGCACACGGAGCGGGACGCGCGGUGGGCGGCGCGUGGAGCGGAGCCGAAGGGGCUGGGGGAGGAGAAGGCGGGCGAUGCGGAGGUGCAAGUGGUGGACACAUAG